UCCCUGGUGGUUUCUCCUCCUCCAAAUUAGAGUACUAUGAUGUAUUGAUGUUAGAGUAAUAGAGUCAAACUGUCAAUUUUUCAGAUUUGAGGAUGAAGAGGCAUAGGUCGAUUAGAUCUUUUUUUUCUCCGGCUGUAACACCGGUUAUGCCAACACAGUCACAAAUAAAUACCAACCUAAAUCUUUCUGAAGAGGUAGAAACCGGUGCUAGUAAUAUCCCAAAUGAUGUCCUUACUGAAAUGAGUGUUGAUGCUCCUGUUGAACCUCCUGUUGAGGGCAGUCCCCUGGUUGAGGAGAUCCAACCUCCUAGCAACGAUCCCUUGCCUACCACUACCAAUGCAGCAAUAGAGUUUGAUCCUACAGAAAUAGGUGUUGAUCCUGGGCUUCGAAAACCAAUUGAGGAGUAUGACAUAAACAUUAGAGAUAUUGUCAGAAGAGAAUAUUUGUUAAGGGGUCCAUGUCAACCAAUUGGUUAUGUAUAUCCAAAAAAGAUACAGAGUGGUCGACAAAGAUGCUUCCUUGAAUCAUGGUUCAAAAAAUAUUCUUGGUUAGAAUAUAGUGUUAACGAAGAUGCAGCUUUCUGUUUUUACUGUUACCUUUUCAAGCAACCAAGACGCGGUGAUAAUUUUGGUGGUGAUGCUUUCACAACUGAGGGGGUUAGUAAUUGGAAAAAUGCAACACAAAUAUUUAGAGAACAUGUGGGUAAAGUUGAUAGCCUGCAUAAUUGCGCUAGACAGCAUUGUGAGGAUUUUAGAAACCAAAGGCAAAGUGUGGACAAUGUGAUUCAGAAAAUAACCAAAGAACAACGGGAGGAAUAUUUAGGUCGGCUCACUGUGAUAUUGGCUAUUGUGAGAUUCCUUUUAUUGCAAGGUCUUGCCUUCCGUGGACAUGAUGAGUCUAGUACCUCUUCCAAUAAGGGAAACUUUCUUGAAUUGAUUGAUUGGUUGAAAAUGAGAGAUGAAGGUGCCAAAAUCUUACUUGAUAAUGCUCCUGGAAAUAAUUUAUUGACUUCACCAUUUAUACAAAAAGAUAUGUGUGAAGCUUGUGCCAAACUGACAACUAAAGUCAUUUUGGAUGACAUUGGGGAUAAAAAGUUCUCUAUUCUUGUUGAUGAGUCUCGCGAUGCAUCUAUCAAGGAGCAAAUGGCUGUUGUUUUGAGGUAUGUGAAUGAUAAAGGUCAUGUGAUUGAGAGAUUUCUUGGUGUUCAACAUGUUCCGGACACAACAUCAGCGGCACUAAAGGGUGCUUUGGAUGCUAUGCUACUUGCUCAUGGUUUAUCUAUGCAUAACAUACGAGGACAAGGAUACGAUGGGGCAUCAAACAUGAGAGGUGAAUUCAAUGGGCUACAAAGAUUGGUACUAGAUGAAAAUCCCUAUGCCUUUUAUAUACAUUGCUUUGCCCAUCAGUUACAGUUAGUGGUUGUUUCAGUUGCUAAGUGUUGUUCAUCUGUCACGGAUUUCUUCAACUACACCACUUUAAUUGUUAACACUGUCAAUGCAUCUUGUAAGAGACAUGACCAAUUGGCCCAGGAACAUCAUGAUAAUCUAGUGAGAGGAUUAGAAAAUGAUGAAAUUUUUUCUGGGAGGGGGAAAAACCAACAAACAAAUAUUGCAAGACCUGGGGAUACUCGUUGGGGAUCACAUCAUAAAACUUUGUGCCGUCUUCAACUCAUGUGGCAAGCAGUGUUAGAGGUGUUAGAGAAUAUAUGUGAUGAUGGCCCAACAUCAACAACAAAAACUUGUGCAGCGGGUUUGCUAAAACAAAUGGAGAGUUUUGAAUUUGUGCUCAUUAUGCAUCUUAUGAUAAAAGUACUGGGUAAGACUAAUGAUUUGUCACAAUGCUUGCAAAGGAAGGACCAAAAUAUAGUUCAUGCUGUAGCAUUGAUUGGAGCCACAUUACAGAAGGUGAAAGACCUUAGAGAACAUGGUUGGGAAGAGAUAUUUGAAGGUACAAAAAGAUUUUGUGCCAAGCAUAACAUCAUAGUGCCAAAUAUGUUGGAUACAACUGUUGCAAGGGGUCGUUCGAGGGGUCGUGGAGGCCAGCUAGUAACUUACCAACAUCAUUUCCAUCAUGAAAUCUUUAAUGUGGUACUUGACCAACUUAUUGUGGAGUUAAACAAUCGCUUUGGUGAAAGAUCUACACAAUUGUUGAAAUGCAUUGCAUGCCUUGAUCCUAGGAAUUCUUUUGCCAACUUUGAUAUAAGUAAGUUAGUUGAGCUUGCUUCAAUAUAUGAUGCCGACUUUAAACCAUAUGAUCUGAUAUUGUUGGGAGAGCAACUUGAGACAUUCAUUCAUGAAGUAAGAAAUGAAACCAAAUGGUCAAGUUGUAAUGACCUUGGUAAGAUUGCAGAGUUGAUGGUUGACACUGGAAAAGAUGGGGAUUUAGAUUUGGUUUAUCGUCUUAUUGAGUUGGUUUUGAUAUUGCCGGUGGCAACUGCAUCUGUAGAAAGGGCCUUUUCAGCUAUGAAUAUCAUCAAAACUGAGUUACGGAAUAAGAUGGCUGAUGAUUGGCUAAAUCACCGCAUGGUGUGCUAUAUUGAGAGAGAUAUAUUUACUGCCAUUGAAAACGAUAAGAUAUUAAUGCACUAUCAAGAUAUGCGAAAGCGCAGGAUUCAACUACCUCAUUCGAGUGUAGCUUCUACCUCUGGACUUGGAUCAAUUGCUGAAGAAGAAUAAAUAUAUUACUUCGCGAUGGCGUUUUUUUGUAUG